AUGGCCGCCGAGGUGUUCAGAAAGUAUGAUGCCGACAGCAGCGGGCGUUUGGACCGUGACGAGCUGCUGUCGGCUCUGCGAGACCUGGACCUCCUUUCCAACGGCAUGGACCGACACGAACUCCUAUCUAUACUGCGAGAGAUGGACACCAACGGCGAUGGAGUCGUCAGCUUUGAAGAAUUCCGGGCGGUUUACAGCCGCCUGGCCAAGGUGCAGGCCGAGGGGGCCCGGCAGGCCCGGCUGCAGCGCAAGCCCGCCCCUAUCCCGCCCAACACCGCCACCGACCCUCGCCUCAGGGCCGCCUUCCUGCACUUUGCCAGCUGGGGUGCGGCCAAGGGGCUGGCGGAGCGGGCGGAGAAGGGCGACGGGAUCAACAGCAGGCAGUUCCAGCGCGCCUGCGCCGCUGCGGGGCUGCCCAUCGAGAAGGCGGCGGCAGACGUGGUGUUCACCGUGGCGCGCAAGGGCAGCAGGGUGGCCCUGGAGGCAGGCCUCGCGCUUGAGGCGGUGCUGGAUGCGGUGCGGGCUGCGGCCCCCGCCAGCGCCACCUCCCCGGCCAAGGAGGUCGAGUCCAAGCUGCCCCUGUCAGCCCGCAGCCGCCGCCCCAAGUCGCCGGGUGCCUGCACAGCAGGGAGCGAUCUGCCGCCGCGGCCGUGCUCUGCAGCGGCUGCCAAGCCCCCGACGGCCAGCCCAGGUUCUGGCAAGGCGGGAGAGGCCACUGGCAAAGCAGCAGGACCCGGCGCUGCGUCUACCAGCGGCGCUGCCCCGCUCGACAAGCUCAACGAACGCUUUGCCACAUUGCAGCAGUUGCUGGUGGCGGUGGGGCCCGAGGAUGGCGACACCAUCCCCGCAGCACACAUGGGGCAGGGUGUGCACGGCCGAGGGGAGACAGGCGGGCACGCUGCAGCAGGCAUGCAGCCCGCCGAGCCCGCCGAUGACAGCCUGCUGACCAACCCCACCUAUCAGCUGACUCAGGCAAGCGUCCGCUACAGCUGCGCGCUGCGCGUGCCGAACCUGAAGAAUUGGCCCAAAGGUGUCAAGAUGGGUCAGGAGGCGGGUGACCUGGGUGCUUUCAAGCUCGGCAUGCUGACGCUGCUGGACCAGCGGUGCGAGGCCGCCGAGGCCAGAUGCCAGGCCCUGGUGGCCACCCGUGCGGAGAUGAGCCGGCAGCUCGUGAGCCAGGUGGCCACCGCCAUGGGCCACGGCAGUUCCGCCGCUGCACAGGAGGAGGUGCAGGCGGCGCUGUGGGGCUACGAGGCGCGACUGGCGGCGGUGGACACCAGGAUCAACGAAGCAGUGCGACAAGUGGCGGGGGAGUGCCAGGCAGCGGUGACGGCACUGGAGGGGCGAGUGGAGGCACUGCGGCAGGGGAAUGAGGAGGCUAUGCGCAAGGUCAAUGAGGCACUGCUGGCUAUUGCCAGGCGCGUGGGGUCGCUGAUGGUCAAGUAG